CUUGUUGGUUCAGACAAAAAGAAGCUAAUGAAACUUCUCCCAGCAAAGCUGCAAGAACUAGAUAUCCUGUUUCAAGAAACAAAAGAAACUGUCAUCAAACUUUGGAAAGAUUUUUAUUCUCUGUACAAUUUGAUUAACUGUGAUGUAUAUUCUAAUGAUUUUCACCUUGAAAUUUUUCAGCAAUCAAAAGACUUCAUCAAUUUAUUUUGCUCACUUGGUGAUAAAAGAGUAGGCUAUUCUAAUAAAAGAGUUACUCCAUACAUGCAUGCAUUAGUAUAUCAUGUUCCCAUCUUCAUGAAAAAUUACAAGAACUUCAAACAGUUUACUGGUCAAGGAAUUGAAAAAAACAAUGACGAUGCAAAGAGGAUUUAUUUUCAAAAAUCAAACAAGUGGGAUGCUGCUCAAGAUGUAUUGCUUCUAGAACACCGUCAAGAAGCACUUAAACAUUGUGAAAGGGGUAAAAGGAAAUACACAAAAAAGGAUGCAGCUUACUGGGAGGAUGGCAUCAUUGACACAAGGAAAAAAAGGAUGAAGGCCAGUUUAAGAGAACCARAAAAUGAUGGUGAAGCAUUCAAAUGUGAUGAAACUCAAAACCCAGUYGAAGCAAAUGGAUACAAGAACUUAAAUGUCAAGAUGUUAAGAGAGGCGAUCAAAGCAAGACAAAUUAAAGCCAAAGGAAUUGCAAAAAUGAAAAAAUCUGAAUUAAUUGAUCUUUUGAAAGAGCAUGAUCUUACUACCCAGGUCUAA